AAGGAAAUUGAGAUACAUAGCCGUCGAGCUUAGCAGCCGCAUGCUUGAUCUCUCCACUGCUUCACACAAGCUGAGCAAAAGGUUAUAUCUCAAUCAGAAGAGAUGGGAAGCGAGGAAGGAGAGGAUACCCAGAAGUUAAAGCGGAUUGCUGCGGCGGCUUACGAUUAUGACAACGACUCACGCUGGGCGGAUUAUUGGUCGAAUAUUCUCAUUCCGCCGCACUUGGCCUCCCGCAAUGACGUCGUAGACCACUACAACCGCAAGUUCUACCAGCGUUACAUCGAUCCUGAUCUAGUUGUCGAGGCAAUGACUACCAGCAGCUCAUCCCAGUCGAGAACGACAUCAAAUUCACCACAACAAUCCUCAUCAUCAACUGCUAGCACCAACGAUACUCGCCAAAGGAGUUCAGGGUCCUCUGGUAGAACAUCGGGGGCAUCGACUAUUCCACCUAUCAAUUCUACAUCGCUGCGUUGGGAUAAGCAAACAAUUCAAUUUUCAGCCAAUGCUUGGGUCUUUGUUGUGGCAGUCAUUGCCAUUUUUCCACUUGUUCCGAGGAGCCUCUCAAAUCGGGCAUACCGACUCUCCUUUUUUGGAACUGCAUGUUCUCUCUUGUACUCAUUGUAUUCACUAUAUGGGAAACCUAGAGCAUGGAACUUGCAGGCUUUGCAAGUGUGGUUCCAGUCUAUGUUAGCAUCCAAAGAUUUUAUGUAUUCACUCUACUGCCUUAUAUUCGUCAGCUCUCAUCCAUGUCUCAAAUUUGCUUUACUUCCUAUAAUCUGUCGGGCCCUUGAGUAUGUUGCAAAGUUCCUGAGGCUUAACUUUAGUAGAUCAACCUUGUACAGGUAAGACAUCAUGUAUUUUUCUUACAGUUGUUUUUGCAAACUAUGAAAUAAGAUGCGAUUUAUAUCACUUUCUUGAAUGUAUUUUUGGGCCAUAGUCCACAAAAUC